AUGCUCGCAUCUAGAUUUCAAGAGCCUGAGCGGGCUUCUGUCGUCCUCCCUACGGUGACCUGCUCGUCGUGCUCUGCCCCUAUCGCCCUGUCCUCUCUUGGCAACCACGUCUGUCAACCUGCUCCUCCUAUGCCCCGAGCACAGCCGUCGCGCCCAGCCCAGAUUGCGAUUCCCCAGUCACGGCAAGGGGUACCUGGAUGGAAUCCAUCUCGCCAAGAUCCAUACUCUGCUCGGCCUGCAUUUGCAGGUCCAUCGAGCGCACACCCAUCUCCUACGGAAUUUGCUAUCCCUAGGCGUCCAUCCGCCAACACCCUCACCCCCCACUCUCCAAACUUUCCACAAGCAUACUCUCCUCAGAUCAAAAUCCCAUCUCCCUCCAGCCCGUUCUUUCCCAAUUCAGCAGGCGGAUACAGCUCACACGCUUCCCCGGAGCAUAUGCAAAUGCACAUGGUGGAUACUACCACCGGAGGCGAGUCUGGUAUGGCGGGUGUAGGGAGAAGAGCGUUCGCUGCGGCGGCCUGGUCAGUGCGAGCGGGCGUAUCGCUGGCGGCAAAUGCAAAGCAGCGAAGUGCCGAUAAUGCGCAUGUCCAGGAGCCUCCGCAAGUGCGAGCACCUCCGCAGACCACGGCUUGGCCUCAGGCCCGGCCAGAAAUUCACCGCUCGCACACUGCUGCCAUCCCUCAGCAGCGAGAAGCUGCGCCUUUACGAGUGCAGAGCCCUGCCUCGCCCCCUCAGCGAUCGUACUCUGCCAUGGAUCAACGCACGUCUCCCCUGAGAGGAAACGCAGGGCGGGGCGUCUCGAUAUCGUCAUCUGCCAGCAGCCAGAGCGGACUUGCAGAUUUGCUCUCGGGUAAAGCCCAGAGACUGUCUAGUAACAAGCGCGACUUUUUUGAAAAGGUCAAAGAGCUAAACAGAAGUGGCAGUGUGCUCAGUCGUAGCAACACUAUGACUACCGGCAAAUCCAACGACAGGAUGGUCUCUAGCCCUGUUGACACUUCCUUUGAUCUCGACGACGACUAUGAGAAUCAGCCUUCGGCUCUUCCUUGGGCAUCACCAGAUCUGGACGAGACGCCCCGUCUUCAUAUCGAUACCCACUCUGCCUCACCUGAACGGGUACACCGCCGUCAAGCGACAGAUAGCAGCGAUACCUCGUCAGAAUCCUCCAAGUCUGGUCGAUGGGGUGCCACAAGUGGGCCCGAGAGCGAAGAGGUUGUCACACCCAGUCAGAGCUUCGACGGGCUGGCAGACAGAGCGCGAGGAGAGAUCAGGUUGGGACAGAUUGGAGAGGAAGAAGAGGAUGUCCUUGGACUGAUGUCAAAGGUGUCGAUGAGCGAUCAGGAUGGGGGCCGCAUACCGCCUUCCGGCUCUGUCUCCACCAUCGCUUCGUCCCCAAGGUAUCCUACUACAACAGUUCCCAACACAACACCCAAUUAUAAACACUCUCCGAAAUACUCCCACCAGCGCAUGCCCAGCGUCAAGUCCCCGAGCGCAAGUAAGCUGGCUCCUCCCAGUCCUUCCGGGAGCAUUGCCCGCAAACAAAAGAGUUGUCAAAAGUGCGGAGAGAUAGUCGGUGGAUCGAAGCGGUUCGUGAAGCGAGAUGGGAUUGUGCUUUGUGAAAAGGACUGGAAGAAACUCUACUUGCCCUCGUGCAGGAGGUGCACCUUGCCCAUUGAAAAGUCUGCCGUCUCUAGCUCGGAUGGUCAGCUCAAGGGCAAAUGGCACCGGGCUUGUUUCACUUGCUCUGACUGCGACAAGCCGUUUGCGGAUGAUGACUUCUACGUGUUGAGAGGAAAGCCCUGGUGCCAAUUCCACUACCAUGAGCAAAACGGUACCUUGUGCUGUUCGAGCUCUUGUAGGCAACCCAUCGAAGGGGCUUGUAUUGUCCUGCCGGGACCCGACCCUCAGCGAUACCACGCCGGCCAUUUCCGAUGUGACCACCGCGGUAGCUCCUCGAGCUCUCACCCGUGCAAAGAGAGCAUGGACGAAUACUAUGAUGUUGACGGGAAGCGCUAUUGCGAGAGGCACGCCGGGGAGAUGAUGAGGGCCGUGAGGAGAGGCGGCGGGAGGGAACUGAAGGCAGAGAAGAGAAGGACGAGAUUAAUUGAUCUGUCGGCCAUGUGA